UGGGAAAGGGGCGGCCCCGCGGUGUACACUGAGCUGCUCUCAGGCUACUUUGCGCUCGACCUAUUUGCUGCGCACACUCCAGCCAAGGAUCCUGGGCCGCACAGACAGAGUGGGUCGGGUGCAAGGGCAGGGCGGGGUCUCUGCUCCCGGCUCCCUCCCCUGACUAUAAAUACACCCGCCAACUGUCGCGCUCCACCAGGCCUUCCACGAGCUCCGCUGUCUCUUCGCUUCUAGCUUGGGAACUCCAGUCUCACGUCGGCUUGCUAUGGACCCCAACUGCUCCUGUGCCGCUGGUGGCUCCUGCGCCUGUGCAGGCUCCUGCAAGUGCAAAGAGUGCAAAUGCACCUCCUGCAAGAAGAGUGAGUGUGGGGCCAUCUCCAGGAAUCUGGGGCUGUGGCUAAGGUUGGGAGGGAGCCCGAGGCUGGCCCUGAGAGCAUGCUUCUGGGGGAUUGGCCUUUCUUUGUCCCUGCAGGCCGCCACUGCUUUUCCAGUCUUCUGCCCUGUCCAGGGCUCCUGUGGGGUUGGGCAGCUUUCUCAUAGAAAGACCCACCCCAACAUCCACCAGUUGUCUCCUGACAAAGCCAUGCCAUCCUGAACUAACAUCUUCUGGCACUGGAGGCAGGGGUCAAGCCAAACCUCUGAUGGGGUAGGAUGGUCCCUGGCCAAGUCUGCUCUGACCUCUCCCUCUCACCUUUCUCCCCAGGCUGCUGCUCCUGCUGCCCCGUGGGCUGUGCCAAGUGUGCCCAGGGCUGCGUCUGCAAAGGGGCAUCGGAGAGGUGCAGCUGCUGCGCCUGACGUCUGGACGGCCCUGCUCCCAGAUAUAAAUAGAGUGACACAAAAAAUCCAGGAUUUUUUUUUUCUACAACCCCGACCCAUUGCUACAUUCCUGUUUCUCUGAAAUAUGUGAAUAAUAAUUAAACACUUAGGCUUCAAUCUG